CAGAGGAUCUCUGUAGGCAAAAUUGAACGGGUACACCUUUAAAGUUGUUUGAGGCAGGGCCUAAAAUGAAGGGGAAAAAAGUUGGUUAGUACUGUAAUAAAAAAAAAGAAAAAAAGAAAAAAAAAAGUUGAGCUUUCAGCCAUGUCAUUGGAUGAGAGAGUCUGCCAGGAAAAUGCAAUGGCUCCUAGAGUCAGGACAGUCUGCCCAUGUAUUUAUUGCAACUUAAAACACACACCUUGUCUAAUUCGGCCGCAGCUCCUGCAGGGAUAACCGCCCUCAGCACGACAUGAGCGCGUCUGUAGCCGUAUACAGGAACAUUUACACGGAGGACCGCUUCAAGCAGGCCUACGGCUCCGAUGACACCGCGAGUGGAAGCCUGCGGCUGCGGCAGAAGCUGGCCGGGAAGUGCAGGUGUUCCCGGCGAGCCUGCCUUCACCUGCUCAGGGAGAGAGUGCCGCUUUUCAGCUGGUUGCCGAGAUACAGACUGAGGAAAUGGAUUUUAGGAGACGCCAUAGCUGGACUGACUGUGGGUAUUCUUCAUAUCCCGCAAGGUAUGGCCUUUGCUCUGCUAACAUCGGUGGCUCCAAUUUUUGGUCUCUACACCUCCUUCUUCCCAGUAGUCCUUUAUAUGGUUUUUGGCACUGGUCGCCAUGUGUCCACAGGGACCUUUGCUGUAGUGAGCCUGAUGACCGGUUCUGUUGUGGAGCAGCUGGUUCCAACACCUCUGGCCUUCAACUCCAGCUCGUCUGAAGCAGCCGACUUUGAGGUCCAGCGGAUUGGAGUGGCUUCAGCUGUAGCACUUCUAUCAGGGAUCAUCAUGCUCUGCAUGUUCGGUCUCCAGCUUGGCUUCCUCUCCACCUACCUAUCAGAGCCGAUUGUUAAGGCUUUCACCAGUGCCGCUGCCUUCCACGUCACCGUCUCACAGCUGCAAAGCAUGCUGGGCCUGAGACUCCCUCGCCACACCGGGACGUUCUCUCUCUUCAAGACUUUAGCGUUAGUGUUGGAGAACUUGCCUCACACCAACAUGGCCGAGCUGCUCAUCUCUGUGGUGUGCCUGGCUGUACUGGUCCCCGUUAAGGAGGUCAACACGCGUUACCGGCACCGCCUGCGCACACCAAUCCCCGUGGAGAUCCUCAUGGUGAUCAUUGCUACAUGCGUGGCCUAUUUCUCUUCGUUAGAUUCCAAUUACAACAUUGAGAUAGUUGGCCAUAUCCCCGCUGGUUUCCCGAAACCACAGUUGCCGGCUUUCCACACUUUCCCUGCCAUUGCUGGAGACACGAUUGCCAUAACGUUUGUUGGAUAUGCCGUGUCUGUCUCACUGGCGAUGAUUUAUGCUGACAAACAUGGAUAUUCUAUACACCCAAACCAGGAACUGCUAGCUCAUGGGAUCUCCAACACGGUUUCCUCCUUUUUCACCUGUUUCCCCAGCUCAGCCACUCUGGCCACCACCAACAUACUGGAGAGUGCUGGAGGACAUACACAGCUCUCGGGUCUCUUCACCAGUCUGGUUGUCUUGAUUGUCCUGCUGCUGGUUGGACCCCUGUUCUACUCCCUACCCAAGGCAGUGCUGGCAUGCAUCAAUGUUACCAGCCUCAGGCAGAUGUUCUUGCAGUUCCGGGACUUACCCGAGCUUUGGAGAAUCAGCAAGCUUGACUUUAUGGUUUGGGUUGUAACCUGGCUUUCCGUGGUGGUACUGAAUGUGGACCUUGGUCUGGCCAUCGGAGUGGUUUUCUCUAUGAUGACUGUGAUCUGUCGAACACAAAGGGCCGAUUGCUCAGUUCUUGGGCGAGCGAGCAACACAGAAAUAUACAGACCCCUGGAGAACCACAGCAAGUGCUACGAAGUGCCUGGAGUGAGGAUCCUGACGUACAACGGGCCCAUUUACUACGGAAAUCGCAGCUUUUUUAGGGAGAAAAUGAGCAGAGUGUUGGGUCUAACGCCAGAAAAGAUCCGCAGUCGGGAAAAGGCCAGGAAAGCCUUGGAGAAGCAGGAGAGAGAGGCCUCUGUGAGCACUGUGGAAAGAGGCAUUGCAAACACGUCAUUUUCCUCGGUAAAUGACUUCUUUGAAUCAGCAGAAACAUCAGAAAAGGACGUCCAGGCCGUGCUGAUAGACUGUAGCAGAGUCAUAUUUGUCGAUGUUGCCGGAGCGAGACUCUUCACACAGAUGUGCACCGAGUGCCAGAAAAUUGGAAUCCAAGUGUAUCUAGCAAAUUGCAAUGAGAGUGUCUUAAAGAUUCUGACGUCAAGUGGCUUGAUGAGCCACAUGAAUCCUCAGCAUAUUUUCGUCACCGUUCAUGACGCUGUAAUGUACAUUCAGCAGCGGAGGGAAAAACCUCCAGAAAACACCCCGACAGUCUGGGUAUGAUCCAAGAGGACACGGCAGAGUUUUGCUCAGCUGCAGUUUCUGUGACUGAGAGAUCAGCUGUUAAGGAGCAGGAGAGCGGCUGGUUCAGACUAUACUGUAUGAGAGUGUUUCAACGAAACAGUAGCCUGUUGUAGCGGCAUUUAAUACUUAUAAUGGUCACCCUUCAGCAUUUUUGCAGAUAUUGCACUCCCUGCUGGCACGCCUAAAUCAAUUUAACGAAAGGCUCGGCAGUUCUUCAACACUGCAAGACUUUCUGACUCUUCUUUAAUAACUCAUUGUCACAGUCAUAUAUCCUGUAUUUUGGAAUUGUAAUAUUUAUUUACUUCAUGUUUGUUGUUAGCUAUGUAAUAAAAUAAUAAGUGCUC